AUGGAGAACUCUUACUAUUCUCUCUCUGCGGAGCAACUUUCUGACUUCCACGAACGGGGAUACUUGCUUAUUCGACAGUUCUUUACCCCUGGGGAAUCGGAGUUGCUGCAGCAAUGGGCACAGGAGGUUCACGAUCUUCCUUGCACUCCUGAUACUCCGUGGAUGCCUUAUGAGGAGGUCAAUUCCGAAGGAAAGCGGGUGCUGUGCCGUACGGAAAACUUCGCAAACUCCCAUGCAGGGUUCGACAGUUUCUUGCGGGGUCAGCGUGCUACCAGUGUUCUGCAACAGCUCGCGGGAGAAGAAAUGCUCUUGUUCAAAGAGAAAAUCAAUUACAAGCUGGCUGGGAGUGGAGGAUUUGAUCCCCAUAUCGAUGCCAAUGCUUACACCCACGUCAAGAUGAUCAAGCAUUUGACCAUCCUCGCUGCCGUCGACGGAAUGAACUCUGCAAAUGGUGGCUUGGAGGUCGUUGACGGAAGUCAUCGUAUGGAGAUCCCUCUCGGAAGUGAUCGGUGCAUUGAGCCCAGCUGGGUGAAAUCGAACACCUGGACCCCGGCCGAGCUCGAGUCCGGCGACAUUCUCAUCUUUGGCUCAUACCUGGCGCAUAGAAGUGGUGCCAAUACCAGUCCCAAGGACCGCCGAGCGAUUUACGCCACAUACAACUGCGCCGCCGAAGGGAAUCUGCAUGAUCAGUACUAUCUAGAUCGCCAGAAGCUUUGGCCAGCAACUCACAUGCGUAAAGAGGGAGAAUCAUACGAGGAAGGCCGCGCUCGUUACGCUUUCGGUUCUCCCAUGUUGACGGUUGACUCCAAGGCUAUUUCUGUAUAG